AUGGCGAAAGGGUCCAAGCCAGCGGUACCAGCUACGCCGGUGAAGUCGGGACGAGGAUCGGCCGAAGGUUCGUCAACGAUCGCGUGUGGCUUAACGUUUCGGUUGUCGACGAUCUCCGAAAGGUCGGUCAGUUUCGAAGAGUCGGUCGACGAAGAUUCGGACGCCAAGGAUGACAUGAUGAUGGACUAUGAUGACCUGGAGAAGAAGACUCCAGCGCCGACGCAGGAGUUCGGAGAUGAAGAUGCGAUGCUGUCCGCGGGACGUAGCGGAGGCUCGCGUUCCUUGUCCCGGAACCUCGUCGAGGAAUUUGAUGAAGUGGCGAAACCCGACCAUGCGGACGACGACUUUGAGGAUGGCACCGAUACCUCGGCUUCGAGGCUCUGGUGCAGUCCUCCAGCUGCGAACAAGGUGUUCGGCAGAAUGCUCGAGCAGAUGAUGGAGUCGAGCGAGUGGAUCUGGCAGUUCAAUCCCGAGAUGACGCGUCAAGCGACUUGGGCUGAGCUGAAGGAGGAAUUGCAACACCCCGUUGAGUCGACCUCGGUCACCCAGGUGGCCGAGGGCACGACACCCAAGAAGUCUGCCGAGCGGUCAAACCGAAGUCAAGCGACGGACGGAGUGUUCUCCGCCAAGACCGAAGGUUCGCCGUCCUUCCAAGACUCGCACAUGGUGACUCCAAGGUCGGCGAGUCGAGCGGACCGCAUUGCGCGUGAGUCCGAAGGUUCGCGACGCGAACAGAGCACGCAACGAAGCUCCACGCGACGCUCGAGCCGCCGGUUUACGCCGCGCGAUGACUCCUCGUCCGACGAGGACGACAAUGACAACACCGACUAUGAGGAUGGGUUUGACAACCCGAGCGAUGAGUUGGCCCGUCAAGUGCGUGAAGUGAGUGAGAUGGAGCGACUGAAUUCGACUCCUCGGCUCGAGAUCGCUACGCACCGGUCGCUCGCGCAGAUCAAGAACUUCUCGGGAGCCCGCAAUCGGAGUGAAAACUCUAUGCAGUGGCUCCGAGCGUUCGUCUACGAGAUGAAGGGAACGCACACUCCGCCAAACGAGGGGUGCAUGGCUUUCGAGCUGAGCCUUCAGGACGGUGCCCUUCACUGGUACCGUCAACUCCCGAAGAGGACUAAGCGACAGUGGAAGCGACUCAGCGAUGCGUUCAUCAAGUAUUACUGCUCGCAGGUUAGCCAGUCUGCGAAGGCUCGCUACUACUCUGCGAAGCGCGAGUCCUCGGAACACCUUUGUGACUACCUCAACCGACUGAAUGGUUACGCUCGCAACGCUGGUCUUCAGUUCGAGAGCGGUGGUUGCGAUGCGAAGGACCAUGUGCAGCGGUUCCUCGAGACGUGUGCAGCUCGGGAGAUGAAGGAGCUCAUAUUGCUGCUGCCAACGAGCGCGAACGACGUGAAGCAGCUGAAGGAACGUACGCACGACCUGACCAACGUCAACGCAGGGGUGGUGAGCCCGGCCGAGGAUUCGACCGGAGUAACCACCACUCUGGCCGAGAUAACCGGGAUGGACGUCCGCGUCAGUACGGACCGAUUCGGCUCACUACUGCUACCGCCGCUGCCGACUGUGCCAGCAGGUGCAUGA